AUGAUAAACAUAACUGAAUUUUGAUCUAAAAAGCCGUUGAUCCAUUUGUUCAUAGACAAGUUCCUCUAUAUAAGCAUGGCAUUCAUGCUCAACAUUAACAUCACUCACUCAUCCACUUCAUCUGGUUUUUUUCCUUUUUUUCCUUUUUCUGCUUCUUCUCUGGCUGGCUAUUAUUUUCCUGUACCAGGGGGGGACGUAGAAACUGAAUAAUAAUAAAGGGAAAAAAAGAUUGUUUUUUUUUUAAUUAAUUCAUUUAAAAGGAAAAAAAAAAGAAAAGAAAAAAUGGUUGGGAAGGUUGCAAUAUCGGUGGUGUCCCUCCUGCUGGUGGUGGGUGUUGUGAUCGGAGUAGUGACGAUGGUUAGAAGCAACGACUCUUCUUCCCAUGAACCAGUACCCAACCCCACCAACUCCAUGAAGAUGAUCACCUCCAUCUGCGAACUCACCUCUUACAAGGAAUCUUGUGCCCACAGCCUCGAAUCCACUGCCAAGAACACUUCCUCCACCGCCACCGACUACAUACUUGCCGUCGUUCAGGCUGCUUUGACCGAGGUCCAGAAAUCCCUCGACACCACCGCUAAGGUUGUCGUUGACAAAAACGCCGACCAAUACAAUUACGUUGCCGUUGAGGACUGCAAGGACCUUCUUGACUACGCCGUCGAGACCCUUCAGGCCUCCAUCUCCGUCGUCGGCGACAACGACAUGCACACCGUCGAGGACAGGGCCCACGAGCUCCUCAGUUGGAUGACCGCCGUCUACGCCUUCCAGACUACCUGCGUCGACCAAAUCCAGAACCCCGAGUACAAGUCCGCCAUCGAGAAUGGCAUGGUCAACGCCACCCAGCUCACCCACAACGCCGUCAACAUUGUGGCGGAGCUGUCCCAGGUGCUGCAGCUCUUCAACAUCCAACAGACGACUGUCAACGCCACAUCCACCAGCAGCAGCGGCGGCAGCUCUCACCGCCGCCUGUUGAUGACCGAAGACGGAUACCCAACAUGGGUGGCGGCAGCCGACAGGAAGCUGCUGGCAAAGAGGGGAAACGCAAUCAGGCCGAACGCGGUGGUGGCCAAGGACGGCAGCGGUCAUUUCAAGACCAUCAACCAGGCUCUUGCAUCUUACCCAUCAAACUUCAAAGGCAGAUACAUCAUCUACGUGAAGGCCGGCGUGUACGACGAGCAAGUCAUCGUGGACAAGAAUAAGCCCAAUGUGUUCAUGUUCGGAGAUGGUAUUGGAAGGAGCAUAGUCACCGGAAAGUUAAACUUUGGAAAGAUGAAAAUCGGUACAAUGCACACAGCCACAUUCGCAAACGAGGCUGAAGGAUUCAUCGCCCGAUCAAUGACCUUCCGUAACGAGGCCGGCCCAGAAGGACACCAGGCGGUGGCUUUCCGUUCGCUAGGUGACAAGGCGGUCUUGUUCGACUGCAGCUUCGAGGGAUCACAGGACACAUUGUACUACCAAUUCCGCAGGCAGUUCUACCGAAACUGCCACAUAUACGGGACAGUUGAUUUCAUAUUCGGAAAGGGAGAUGCAGUGAUCCAAGACAGUGAGAUAGUAGUGAGGAAACCAAUGCCGAACCAGUUCAACACAGUGACAGCAGAUGGGAGAGAAAUCCAAAAGGGAAGUAACGGUUUGGUGAUACAGAACUGCCUGAUAGUACCAGACAAGUAUUUGUUCCCAACGAGGUUCCAAACACCAACAUACUUGGGGAGGCCAUGGACACCACAGGCACUGACAGUGGUGAUGCAGAGCAAGCUGGGUGACUUUAUCAGACCGGAGGGAUGGAGAGUGUGGGACGGUGCUAACAACCACAAGACAUGUGAGAUGUACGAGUACGCAAACAAAGGGCCAGGUUCAAGAACAGAUAAGAGGGACAAAGCUUUCUCACAUUUCAGAGUACUCAACACAGCACAAGCAGUUAAAUACACUGCUGGACAGUUUCUUGCUGGGGCCCAAUGGUUGCCCCAAACCGGUGUUCCUUUCAGGCUAGGCUUCUGAUCAUCAUGUCCUACUACUAUUACUAUACCCCCUUAAAUAAAUUUCAUUUUUUUUUAUUUAUUUUCAUAUUUCUAUGUUUAUGUAACUAGAACUUAAACUUGUACCUAUAAGUACAUGUGAGUAUGUACAUGGUGAAAUAUUCUUUGAUUCUAAGAGAAACUAAA